GACAUGCUGUGGGAGGAGCUGUGACCCCCCCCCCACAGGCUGUGGGGGGAGCUUGGCAGGAGAGGGGGGAGUUGAGACACUCCCCUGACAAGUUGUGGGGGGAGCUUGGCAGGAGAGGGGGGGGAGUUGAGACACUCCCCUGACUGGCUGUGGAGAAACAGAGUCCCCCCUCAUAGGCAGCAGGGCUGGAGAGGGGUGAGCCCAGGACCUGAGUGCAAUUGCCCCUGCGCUGGGAGAAGUCCUAGCCUCUCUCAGCCUGGGCCUCACUAUGGGUCUGGAUGAGACCUGGAUCUCGCUUCUGCUGAUGGUUGGCACCAUGAUGUUGGUAGGAGGGUGCCGGAAGCUAACCCGACGCCAAAUGCACUCCCGACGCCUUCACCCUCGCACGUUUCUCCUGGAGCUGUUUGCCACUUUCCAAAUCUGUGCCUGCACCAAUGAGCUCCGGCUGCUGGCCAAUGUGCAGCCCAAGCCACACGUUGCCCUCACCCUCACCUAUGUUUUUACUGUCCUGCAUGGAUUGACUCUGACUGGCAGCACAUGCAACCCCUGUGGCACCCUGCAACAAAUCUUGGAUGGUGGGAUCUCAGUCAAACAGGGCGGGCUGAAGAUUGGAGCCCAGUUUGCUGGUGCAGUGCUGGCCAGAAUUUACAUGCACUGUAUCUGGUCCAUGGGGAUCAUCAAGGUGCACUCUGAGGCACUGGCCGAGGGCUGCUGUAAUCCUAUCCAAACCACCGAGACCCAGGCUUUUUGCAUAGAGCUGCUCUUCUCCACUGUGUUCCAGCUGACCAUACUUCAAUUUGAGGCAGUUAAACCCAGGCUCAGAGUCCACCUAAUUGCUCUUCUCAUUACUAUGCUGGUGUAUGGAGGAGGAAACCUCACUGGAGCAAUAUUUAACCCAGCAUUGGCCUUUUCAUUACAUGCAAGUUGUUUCCAUGACAAAUUCUGGGAUUAUUCACUAGUGUAUUGGAUGGCCCCUUCCUUAGGUUCAGUACUUGUGGCCAUUGUGUGGGGUGAAAUCCUUCCUCUGAUAUUCUGAGAUAUUUUAAAAUGGUGAACUCUAGAACUACAUGUGUUAAAAAGAGACUCU